UUAAACUGAAUCAAAUGCUGAAUGUUUUUAUGUUUACAGGCUCAAGUACAAAAGACCAGAGGCCAAAAUUGCAGCAGCGAAGGCGUCAUCAGUGUGGACUCCGAGCCAUCCGCCUACAUCAGAUCCAGACAUUCGCCCUACACCAUCAAUAACACCAGCCCUACAAGACAUUUCUGUAAGAAAAAACGCAUUCAGAGACCAUCAAGAAGAUCAUUUCUGACUCCACAAAUGCACACAAGCUAAUCAAACGUGGCUCAUUUAAUGCUCGUCUGGCACUUUCAGUCAGAAUUGGGAAACUUGUCACUUUAGCGUAAGUUGGCGCCCAACGCGGGGUCAACACCUGCAAGCCGUGGUCCCAUCUGCAACCAAUUAUCCCAAUCCCUACGGCGAGAGACGCUGCUUUUUUUAUGCUCCUGCGGCAGCUCGUUCUGUCAUGUCCCAUCGCCUCUCCAAUGUGACAGGUCUGAAAUAAACCGUCCUGUCGUUCUGACCCUGGCUUGCUCCACUUGUGUCACUUUGAGUGUCCGUCACGCGGUCACAAGUCUUGACUUUGGCCUGUUUUUUUGUGCACCAAUCUGGCCAUUCAGCCCACCGUACGGAGCGCUUGUAAAUUCUGCAUCGGGCGUCCCUGGAGGAUGAGCGAUGUGUCCACGCUGGACUAUGAGCUGCUGUCCGCGGGGCCGUCUUUCGCCGGAGCCCCUAGCAGCCCUCCUCUUGGCGGGGACACGGAGCAAAGGACGGCUUUCGCAUUCGUGGGUCUCCUGAUGCUGUUUUUGAUUUUCUUGUUGGUGCGCUGCUUCAGGAUCCUGCUGGACCCUUAUAGCCGCAUGCCUGCGUCCUCCUGGACCGAUCAUAAGGAGGGCUUCGAGCGGGGCCAGUUUGAUUACGCUUUGGUUUAGAGGAUAUCCAGGCACAGAAGGACACCGCAGCCUUAACCCGAGC